UCCACCUCUCUCCAAAAUGUCCGUUUCUCCCAACCUCCGCCUUUUAACGGCGUCGCUGCUGCUCCUAACGUGCGCGUGGACCUCACUCUCCGUCCAGCUCUGCCCACCCUGCGGCAACACCACCGUCCCCUACCCUCUCAGCACCUCCCCCACCUGCGGGGACCAGUCAUACAAGAUCCGCUGCGACGCGGCGGCAGGCUCCCUCCUCUUCGACACCCUCAACAACUCCUACCCCAUCGCCUCCAUCUCCCCCUCCGCCCAACGACUCGUCGUACGCCCCUCCAGCUUUGUGUCGUCCAACUCCUGCGUCACGUCGGAUAUCACCCACCAGGGAAUCCAGCUCAACGAGUCCCUCCCCUUCAACGUCACCAGUAGCAAUACCAUCUUGUACCUCAACUGUACGAACACUCUUCUCCGGUCGCCGUUGAACUGCACGUCGUCGAGUCUCUGCCACACGUAUGCGAACAACACGAAUGCGGUCGGGUCGUGCCAGAAGGCUCCGAUUUGCUGUACAUUUCGGGCGGGCGGGUCGUCGACGUCGUAUGUGAUUCGGGUCAGGGACUCGGGUUGUAGUGCUUAUACGAGUUUUGUGAAUUUGGAUCCGGUUCUUCCGGUGAACCGGUGGCCCGAACCGGGAGUGGAGAUACAAUGGGUGGGGCCGAGGGAGCCGCUGUGUAGUGCGCAGUCGGAUUGUGACGGGAAGUCGGUGUGUGGAUCCGACCCGGUUCAAAAUGGGGUGCGGAGGUGCAUCUGUAACUCCGGGUUUACGUGGGACCCGGUUUCUGGGUUUUGCGUUGAUGGCCUAAAACUAGCUCAUCUCCAUCAAGGAACCCUAGCCACUUCAAUCUUACAACGGCCGUUUGCCGCCAAUGAAACCAAGGUGACCACUCAAUAUGCAAAAUCAAGCGGUUCUCUUAGCAAGAAGGCAACACUGGCAAUUUCACUAGGAUCUGUUGUAGUUUUCCUUCUCUUACUUAUCCUUUAUUGGUUGGUAAGUAUGAAGAUGAAAGGAAAGCGUAGACGAAAUAAAUAUUCAUUUAAACUUACCGCUGGGUCAACCUACUUCGAAGAAUCUUCUGGUGGAACAGCUUUUGAUGAUAGUAGAAUAAACUCAGAGUUAGCAUUCUUUCAUCUAAAAACAAUAGCAAAUGCCACAAACAAUUUCUCCAUUGAAAACAAGCUUGGACAAGGAGGUUUUGGCUCCGUUUAUAAGGGCAUACUUUACGAUGGAAAGGAAAUAGCGGUAAAAAGACUAUCCAAAUUUUCUGACCAAGGAGUUGAAGAGUUUAAGAAUGAAGUUUUUCUGAUUGCAAAGCUCCAACACAGAAACCUUGUCAGGAUUUUUGGUUGUUGUGUUGAAGAUGAAGAGAAGAUCCUAAUCUAUGAAUACUUGCCAAACAAAAGUUUGGACUCUUUCAUCUUUAAUGAAACAAAGCGAGCACUUUUAAAUUGGACAAAACGUUUCGAGAUUAUCUUUGGGAUUGCUAGAGGGAUAUUAUAUCUUCACGAAGAUUCGAGAUUAAGAAUUAUCCAUAGAGAUCUAAAGGUCAGCAAUGUUUUAUUGGAUAAUUCUUUGAACCCAAAAAUUGCGGAUUUUGGUAUGGCCAGAAUAUUUAGAGCGGAUCAAAGUGAAGCGAAUACCAAUCGUGUGGUUGGAACAUAUGGUUAUAUGUCUCCGGAAUAUGCAAUGGAAGGACUGUUUUCAAUAAAGUCUGAUGUAUAUAGUUUUGGUGUUUUACUGCUGGAAAUCAUUAUUGGCAAAAAGAAUGCUGGUUAUUACCAUGAGGAGUAUUCUAAUUCAAAUUUGGUUGGACAUGUUUGGGAGUUGUGGAAAAAAGGUAGAGCUGUGGAAGUCAUUGAUUCAUCUAUAGGUGAAUCUUACCUUGUUAGUGAAGUUAUAAGGUGCAUUCAAAUCUCACUCUUGUGUGUGCAAGAAUUUGCCACUGACCGGCCAACCAUGUCAGCAGUUGUUUCCAUGUUAGGUAAUGAUGCAGCCCUUCCUUCACCAAGACGACCCGCAUUUUUACUAAAGAGAACGAGUCCUAGUGGAGACCCAUCCAGCAGCGAAGGAGCUAAUUCAGUAAAUGAUGUCACAUGUACAAUUAUAGAAGCUCGCUAAACGCUUAUUGUAUGUCUAGUUGCAAUGAUAAUCCAAUUGAGCAACGUAUGGAAGAUAAUAGAGCUUCUGAGUUAUAUAAUGGGGUGUUACUUGAAGUAUAUAUAUGUAUAUAUAUAGAGAUAAAGAUGAUCUCCAUCCUGUGGAGUUUCAAUCGUGAGUUUCUACCUCAUUGCACCCAAGUAUAUUUGUAACGUACAACAUAACUUUUAUUUACUGCACCCUCAAAAUAAUUCUUAAUUUAUUAC